AUGUUUUUUUUAAUUAUUCUACUUACGUGUUACUUCGGUAAUGCUCUCUCGCUGAAUAUUCUUUAUCAAUACGACGGAGUGGGCGCAAAAUACAGCGAGGGGCUCGCAAAUGUUAAUAUUUCCAGCUUAUGUGCUUUAGAAUAUUUAGGAAUGGUUUGGCAAACAAGCGCUGAUGAUGUUUGGUUAUCGAUUGGGAAUUAUUCUGUUGUCAAAUACAGACAUCCAAGUUUAUUGGAAUUACCUCCUUGGUUCCAAGACACCCCAUUGCCCAAGAUUGGAGAUCCAGAGACGCUAGAUUCGUUGCUUUUGUCUUUAGAAGAAUACGAUCCGGAUACUGAUUAUUGCGCUUUAAUUCAGCAACUGAGAUCUGAUACCAUACAAGCUAUGGAAGAAUUCGGACCGGUCGAGUUUUUGAUGGUUAAUAAUUCGUUUGUGAAGGAUGACAAGGUAGAUGAUUCAUGA